CACCACUACCUGGACCCUACCCCCCCAACUCUUUCCAAUUCAAUUUGUUUUGCACUUUUCUCCCUCUCUUUUCUUUUCGUUUUGAGGUUUGGGGUAUUUGCCAAAACCUAUUUCAUGCAUGUCCACUGGGGGCAGGUUCAACUUUGAUGAUGGGGGGUCCUACUGCGGAGGGUGGGAGGAAGGCAAGGCCCACGGCCACGGCAUCUGCACGGGCCCCAAAGGCCAGGGGGAGUACGCCGGCUCCUGGAGCCACGGCUUCGAGGUGCUGGGCGUCUACACCUGGCCCAGCGGCAACACCUACCAGGGCACGUGGGCGCAGGGCAAGCGCCACGGCAUCGGCCUGGAGAACAAGGGCAAGUGGGUGUACAAGGGCGAGUGGACGCAUGGAUUUAAGGGGCGAUACGGGGUCCGGGAGAGCACGGGGGCCAGCGGGAAAUACGAGGGGACCUGGAAUAAUGGGCUGCAGGACGGAUACGGCACGGAGACCUACUCGGAUGGAGGUACGUACCAGGGCCAGUGGGUGGGCGGCAUGCGCCACGGUUACGGCGUGCGGCAGAGUGUUCCCUACGGCAUGGCGGCCGUUAUCCGCUCACCGCUGCGUACCUCUAUAAACUCCCUGCGCUCGGAGCACAGUAACGGCACGGCGUUGCUGGCAGGCGAGCGGGCGGGGGUGGGCGCAGGCGUGGGAGCGGGUGGCCUGGUGGCCAGCCCUGCCGUGUCGCGCGGCGGCUUCGUGCUGACGGCCCACAGCGAGGCUGAGCUGCUGAAGGGGAAGAAGAAUAAGGGCCUGUUCCGCCGCUCGUUGCUCAGCGGCCUCAAACUGCGCAAGUCCGAAUCCAAGAGCUCGCUGGCCAGCCAGCGCAGCAAACAGAGCUCGUUCCGCAGCGAGGCAGGCAUGAGCACGGUCAGCUCGGCUGCCUCCGACAUCAACUCCACCAUCAGCCUCGGUGAGGGGGAGAGUGAACUGCCUGCAGGAGAGGAGGAUGUGGAUGCUACUGCCACGGAAAGCUACGCUGGAGAGUGGAAGAACGACAAGCGCACUGGCUGCGGUGUCAGCCGGCGCUCUGACGGACUCUGCUAUCAGGGAGAGUGGAUGGGGAACAAGCGGCACGGCUACGGCUGCACCACCUUCCCCGAUGGCACCAAGGAGGAGGGCAAGUACAAGCAGAACGUUCUGGUCAGCGGCAAGCGCAAGAACCUCAUCCCACUGCGUGCCAGCAAGAUCAGGGAGAAGGUAGACCGGGCGGUGGAAGGGGCUGAGAAAGCAGCGGACAUCGCCAAGCAGAAGGCGGAGAUCGCUCUGUCCAGGUGA